AUGUCUUCAUUUACUCGACAAUUGGCCCAGUCCGUUCCGGUUGCCCAUUUCGCGCUGGGCAAGUAUUCCCAAGCCAUAACCUCCAUCGAUCAUAAUGGCCCCGUUAAUUGGAAUCACCUGCAUGGGAAUGGGGACCUAAGUGUUGUGUUUGAGAAACACUCAUUGUCGGCAUCAGCAACGUCCUCUGGACACGAGACACUGUAUCUCAAAGUCAUUCAUGGUCAACGAAAUCUGGAGGAGCUGGACCUCAACUACUUGGCUCGUGAGGCCACGCAACAAGCCCUGUCGAGGCAGGCGCGUAGCGUGAAACCAGUGGUUGCGGUUAUCGUGAAGUUGCCAUGUAUAGCAAUACGAUAUCCUGGCAGGGUUGGACAGCUGAAAUUUUCAUCGGAUCGUGACUACUACACUGCCCUGGCUAUAUUGAGUGAGAUCAACUGCCCGUUCACCGAACCUGCUGCUAGCCACACGUCGCGGUCGACCAGUUUGAGACCAGCAUCAUCGUCCUCGCAAAUGAUGAUGUCUGUAUCAUCCUCCUUUGCACCCCCCGAGGAUUGGGGAUACCAGUCGCCUGCGAUGAGUGGUUUGAAUCCUCGAGGCAAUGGGCUUUCCAGAAGCCAAUCAACCGUGGGCAGCUCCUCUGAGACAAGGUCGUCCAUCAGUGCGUCCUCCACGCGGUCCUCCCUCUCGUCCCAUACUGCCUGCCACCCGAAUGAGAACAUGGCCCCUCCUAUGAAUAAUACAGCUGAGAAUGGUUCUCGACCAGUAACCCAGCAUCUUGGGUCCACAAGAUCAGAAGUAGGACUACGUGGUCACGGUACUUCUCAAUCUAACGAGCGACCUACCACCGCGCCAGCUUUCCACGACCCCCAAGCGCUGAAUCAGGCCUUGCCACCAAAGAGAGAACUUCCAUUCUCACGACCUGGGAACUCAUAUACGUCUAGCAAGCUUUCUUCCACAAAGCCUUCUAGCACAAAUGGGACCGGUUCUGGACUUCAAGCAGACAUGUUAGACGGAUUGUCAUCGACAUCCGGAUCCCUGUCGCGACGAAGCGGUCAUGAGAAACUGAUCGGUCAGAAUGAUGCUGCAGCAAGUUCCCUAGGCCAACCGUUCACUUUGAAAGAAGCAGAAAAACGAUGGUCAGUUAACCAGGACCAGGUCCUGAACCAGCCGUCUGCGACGUCUCGAUCAACUUCUUCCCCAACAGGUCGUCUUAUUCGUUCAGCUACGACGGCCUCUCACCAACCAGGCUUUCAUUUCCAAAGCCCACAGGCACAGACAGGCGCAUCUCCUAUUUCAAAUGUACCUUCUGAUCUUGAGUCUCGUCAACAAUCAACAACCGUUGCUAGUAAUGACACGAUUUCCAUCCCUCUUCCCUCGCAAGCUCCUAUCAACUCUGCAGACCUCUCUUCAUACUUGGAAAUACCAGAAUCGGAGCGAUCCGCCCUCGUAGACUCAUGGAUCUGCGAACAACUCGAGGAUGACGGAUUCGUCACCCUCUGCCAGGACGUCGAACGCGUCUGGAGGCGAAUCGCUUUCGGGUCUUGA